UAAAAGUCAAAAAAGUUCGCACCAGCCGCCAAAAACCCGUGCUUCAAAAAACCCGUUAUUUGCGAAGAUAUCCGGGGAAAAUUACUACUAAAUUGCAAAAAAAAGCGUUUAUUGAACUAAUGCCCGAAAGUCUUCCACAAACUAAACAAAAUCACCAAUCACAACUUAAAGACCUAACCACCAUACUAUUUCCUAGUAAUCUUGAUAAUUUUGCUUUUGCUAAUUUGAAAAAGCAAGCCAGCAAAAUCAGCCAAGAAAACCAACAAGCCCAGGUCAAAAUUUUGGAAUUAGAAAGUCAAAUUAGCAAUUUGAAUCAACAACUCUAUUCUAUUCAACAACAAACCGCACUUAGCCAAGGAGAAAACCUAAAAACCGCUAUGGAAAAAGAAACAAAUAGAACGGGAGUUAUUGAGAUAGAUGAUGAUAAAUUACCUGAUGACAAACAACAAAUUACUUUACAAACCAGACGAAGAAAUUAUUAUAAUCAAUUAGUUAAAUCAGAAAAUCAAGCUAAACAAUAUGAAGCCCAAAUAAAAAUUGCUCCAAAGUAA